UGUUGAUAGUCUUGCUGUCUCCUUGCUGUAUAUUCUCUAUUGAUUCUGAUUUGUUUGAGUUUCCUCAGGCAGCUUUAUUUCUAGUCUAACAACCCAGUUCUGCACUUUAUUCCAGUCACACCAGAACAUGUAGCUGCGACAGAAGGAAUAAACUAUCGUUAAAAUAAGGAAGUGCUCAAUAAAACUAAUAAAAAUAAUAAGGCCUGAGUAAACUACCGAUUAAACAAGCUGAUGUGUCUCUGGCUACAAUGUUAGCAUUUGAAUGCGUUGGAAGGAUGUACAAAUGGAAGAAGUUUGCCAGAGGAAACACUUCCGUGACAUUCGCCCCCGAUUGUCAAUCGCAUCAUUUAGAAGUCGUUAAUGAAAGUAAAGCUGAGAGUUUGAUGCUGAUCCCGUUUUCCAGGUGAAAAGCCAUACAAAUGCUCCCUCUGUGAGGCGACGUUCAACAGGAAGGACAAAGUGAAGCGACACAUGCUCAUCCAUGAACCCUUCAAGAAAUACAAGUGUCCGUUUAGGACACAUGUGGGCUGCACCAAAGAAUUCAACAGGCCAGACAAACUCAAGGCCCACAUUCUGUCACAUUCUGGUAUCAAACCCUACAAGUGUCUUUUUUGUCAGAAGGCGUUCAGCCGCAGGGCCCACAUGCUGGAGCAUCAGCAGUCCCACACAGAUAACUACCGCUUCAGAUGCUCCACCUGCAACAAGGGCUUCACCAGACAGAGCUAUUACAGAGAUCACAAAUGUCCUGCAGCAGGAAACGGGACGGGAAGUGAAGGAGGGACCGGAGAGGCGGAGCGAGACAAGCUGGUGGGAGCGGCAGAGGAGAAGGAUGGAGAGGAUGACGGGAGAAGAAGCAGGUUCUUGAGAAGAGAAAAUAUGUCGGGCGGUGCUGACGGAGAGAAUGACCACAGCUCAAAGGGCAGCCAAGAGCAGGAAACACACGAGGAGGAGGAGGAGGAAGAAGAGGAGGAGGAAGAUGAAGAGGGGAGGAGGGCUGACGAGGGUUGUCAGGCUGCAAUGACUAUCACCAGCAUUGAAGGACAGGAGGAGGAGGAGGAUGAAGAUGAAGAUGAGGAGGAGGAUGAUGACGGGAUGGAACAUGGUGUUAUGGUACUGGAUCACAUUCAGAGCAAUGACCAAAACUGUUUGCAGCAGCAAUGUUUGUAGUUUUAAGCACGAUCUUAGUUGCAACGUUUCCCGGACAUGGACCAAACAAACUAAGCUAUCCAUAAUUUGUUUUGUUUUUAAGUCUGGGAAAUGAUUUGUUUUAUAUUAAAACGUUAAAUUACAUACACUGAUUUUACUGUAAAGUAAGUAGGUCUACAGUUUGUUAUGUUGUAUCUAUACUACCAAAAUAACCAGUGGACCAUUUCCAUGUACUUGUGUACAAUCAUUGCGCAAGAUGAGCCACAGUGUUCAUUUAAAAUGUCAUAAUGUCAAAAGCAACAGAAACAUUUUGUCUAAUUCU